GCCCAUAGUCUCUAUGCCAAAAGUUUGACAGACUUCUAGCUAGCACACCUCGCCGCGUUUAUCAAAGUUUGGAUUAAGUUGAAAUUCCUAACCUUUUAUCGACAAUAUGGCAACCAUCAAAGGAUCUUUGGCAAUAUUCUUUCUUUUCAUUGGAAUGUUGUCCAGUGUCGAAGGUUGCCCAUACAUCCGGGGCUGUACUUUCGAAGAUGAUUAUUGCGAUUCACUGAGAUGCAAUAAAAUAGUUGAGGGUCACGAGAUUGUUCUAAAAUUUGAGAUGAAUAUUUGUCAAGAUGAAAUAGCUGUCACUGUCAGCAUCAGCGUUCCUUCUCUUGGAGUGUACUAUUCGCAUACUUUCGAUUCAGACCAGGAGAUUCCAAUUCCGGGCCUCGGCCUAGGUCCACUUGGAUCUGUCUACUUAAAACUGGAGUCUUACCGUGACGAAACCAAGCAUUUUAAUUUGAAGGUCUCUAUAGCCUUGAAAUUGUUCGGUAGAGUUUUGAAAACAUUUACAAUUAUAGAUAAAGAUCUGGGACUGUUGAGGAAAAGUAUGAAGUGCGGAUUCUUUGCUUGGUUAAACGACCAAUCGACAGGUAUAAAAGCCGCAGCCUACGGUGGGUUUUGCUUGGUAUUGGUCAGUAUUUUUUCUUACAUUGCUUGUUGUUGUUAUUGCUGCUGCUGUAAGAAAAGAAAUCAAAAUGGCCAUGUCAUAUUCAGGUCAGCCCCCGAAGCAUCACAAGAAAAUUUGAAUGAUAUAAGUUGCGUCAUCAAAACCAUAUGAAAAGUUCUGAUUGGCGAACUUUUCUUAUUCGACAUACUGCUUGACAGAAAAACAGACUUAUUUUACCAUUUUUGUUUUAAACUUGAAGCAAGUAAGCCUUUCAAUAAUUCUUAACUUGUUGUUGCUGUAAUUAAACUGUGUUUUUGUUGUU